CACACAGGAAAAAACACUCUGCUUUCCGCUGGGUGCGCCUCCCUGCCGAUUGCUCUGCCAGUCCUGAAGCAUUAAUUUCCAAUUUGGGUUCCUAAAUUUGGGCCCCGGAGCUGGGGUAGCCCUGGUCAGGACGCACCCUGGGCUCGUUCUCCUUUGCGCCUCGGUCGGGGAUAACCCAAGUCUGCCGGUUCCUUGGCCCCACGCGCCCUCGCUGCCUCUGCCCAGCUCCACUUUCACUUUCGGUCGGAGAGCGAGGUUGGCGGCCGUGGUGAAGGUAAUUUGAGCAAGGAGAUGGUGUCUCUGCCCCUCAAAUGGCCACUUACAAGCAUGCCCUCUCUACUUUCCUUACUGUUGACGUUUUUAGCUGUGUCAUCUUUCUCUUGGUGUCAGAGCAGUGAUACAGUAUCUCCAAAAGCAAGUAAUGGGGCCCCAUUCCCUUGGAAUAACAUGAGACUUCCUGAGCAUAUCAUUCCAAUUCAUUAUGAUCUCAUGAUCCAUGCAAACCUUAGCACUCUGACCUUCUGGGGAACAACAGAAGUAGAAAUCAGAGCCAGUCAGCCCACCAGCACCAUUAUCAUGCAUAGUCACCAGCUGAGAAUCUCUAAGGCCACCCUCAAGAGAGGAGCUGAAGAUAGGCUGUCUGAAGAACCACUGAGAGUCCUGGAGUACCCAGCUCACGAGCAAGUUGCACUGCUGGCUUCCCAACCACUCCUUGCUGGACCCCUGUACACAAUUAUCAUCAACUAUGCUGCAAACCUUUCUGAGAGCUUCCAUGGAUUUUAUAAAAGCACCUACAGAACCCAGGAAGGAGAAAUGAGAAUCCUUGCAUCAACACAGUUUGAGCCCACAGCUGCUAGAAUGGCAUUUCCCUGCUUUGAUGAGCCUGCACUCAAAGCAAGUUUCUCCAUCAAGAUUAGGAGGGAACCAAAGCACUUGGCCAUCUCCAAUAUGCCCUUGGUGAAAUCUGUGAACAUUGCUGAAGGACUCAUAGAAGAUCACUUUGACGUCACUGUGAAGAUGAGCACCUACUUGGUGGCCUUCAUUAUUUCCGAUUUUAAGUCUGUGAGCAAGAUGACUAAGAGUGGAGUCAAGGUCUCUGUGUAUGCUGUGCCAGACAAGAUAAAUCAAGCAGAUUAUGCUCUGGAUGCUGCAGUGACUCUUCUAGAAUUUUAUGAGGAUUAUUUCAGCAUUCCAUAUCCUUUACCCAAGCAAGAUCUCGCUGCAAUUCCUGACUUUCAGUCUGGUGCUAUGGAGAACUGGGGUCUGACCACAUACAGAGAAUCCUCUCUUUUGUAUGAUAAGGAAAAGUCAUCUGCAUCCAGUAAGCUUGGCAUCACAAUGACUGUGUCCCAUGAACUGGCUCACCAGUGGUUCGGGAAUCUGGUCACUAUGGAAUGGUGGAAUGACCUUUGGCUCAAUGAAGGAUUUGCCAAGUUUAUGGAGUUUGUGUCUGUCACCGUGACACAUCCUGAACUAAAAGUUGAAGAACAUUUCUUUGGCAAGUGUUUCAGUGCAAUGGAAGUUGAUGCAUUCAACUCCUCGCACCCUGUAUCCACACCUGUGGAGAACCCUGCACAGAUUCGGGAAAUGUUUGAUGAUGUUUCUUAUGAAAAGGGGGCUUGUAUUUUGAAUAUGCUAAGAGAUUAUCUGAGUGCAGAUACAUUUAAAAGAGGAAUUGUGCAGUAUCUCCAAAAGUAUAGUUAUAAAAACACGAAAAACGAGGACCUUUGGAAUAGCAUGGCGAGUAUUUGUCACACAGAUGGUACCCAAACAAUGGAUGGCUUUUGCUCUAGAAGCAAACACUCAUCAUCAACCUCACACUGGCAUCAGGAAGGCAUAGAUGUGAAAACCAUGAUGAACACAUGGACACUGCAGAAGGGCUUUCCCCUGAUAACCAUCACUGUGAGAGGGCGCAACGUGCACAUGAAGCAGGAACACUAUAUGAAGGGUUCAGAAAGCAUCCAAGAGACUGGGUACCUGUGGCAUGUUCCCCUGACAUUUAUUACCAGUAGAUCAGACACAGUCCAGAGGUUUUUGCUAAAGACAAAGACAGAUGUUCUCAUCCUCCCAGAAGCAGUGGAGUGGAUCAAAUUUAAUGUGGGAAUGAAUGGCUAUUACAUUGUGCAUUAUGAGGAUGAUGGAUGGGAUUCUUUGAGUGGCCUUUUAAAAGAAGCACAUACAGCAAUCAGCAGUAAUGACCGGGCAAGUCUCAUCAACAACGCAUUUCAGCUUGUCAGCAUUGGAAAGUUAUCAGUUGAAAAAGCCCUGGAUUUAACCCUGUACUUGAAAAAUGAAACAGAAAUUAUGCCUGUAUUCCAAGGUUUGAAUGAACUGAUACCUAUGUAUAAGUUAAUGGAGAAAAGAGAUAUGAAUGAAGUGGAAACUCAAUUCAAGGCCUUCCUCCUCAGGCUGCUGAAGGACCUUAUUGAUAAGCAGAUGUGGUCAGAUGAGGGCUCUGUCUCAGAGAGGAUGCUCAGGAGCCAGCUCCUCCUCCUCGCAUGUGUACGCAAGUAUCAGCCCUGUGUGCAGAAGGCAGAGGGUUAUUUCAGAGAGUGGAAGGCAUCCAAUGGAAACUUGAGCCUCCCUAUUGAUGUGACCUUGGCAGUGUUUGCUGUGGGGGCCCAGAGCACAGAAGGAUGGGAUUUUCUUUAUAGUAAAUAUCAGUCAUCUUUGUCUAGUACUGAAAAAAGCCAAAUUGAAUUUGCCCUCUGCACAAGCCAAGAUCCAGAAAAGCUCCAGUGGCUUCUAGAUCAAAGUUUUAAGGGAGAGAUAAUAAAAACUCAGGAAUUUCCAUAUAUUCUCAUACUCAUUGGCAGAAACCCAGUGGGGUAUCCAUUGGCCUGGAAGUUUCUGAGGGAAAACUGGAAUAAACUUGUACAAAAGUUUGAACUUGGCUCAGCAACUAUAGCUCACAUGGUUAUGGGAACAACAGACCAGUUUUCCACCAGAGCACGUCUUGAAGAGGUAAAAGGAUUCUUUAGUUCCUUGAAAGAGAAUGGUUCUCAGCUCCGUUGUGUUCAACAAGCCAUUGAGGCCAUUGAGGAAAACAUACGAUGGAUGGAUAAGAAUUUUGAAAAAAUCAGGCUAUGGCUGCAAAAGGAGAAGUUGGAAAUGUGACAGUUUGUUUCUUGUCAAGUUCCUGUGAUUUAUAAUCAGCAAAAGUUUGCUCAAUUUGAGUAUUUUCAAGCUAAAGAUGGUUGCUUUGGUUCCCACUGAAGAUAUUUCCUUAUUUCAUUUGACUUGAUCAUGUCUGAGAAAAGUUUGUCUUCAAUGUCUGUUGCUGCCAUGGGUCUGGCUAAGAUGUGGCCCUGCUGUGUAAACCCAAGUGCCCAGUUCCUUGCCACAGAAAAGCCAGGGGGCCUCUUCUCAUUUCAUACUUUAUGCAUCCACCCCACAGCUCGCAAACCCCUGUGCCUUCUGUGUCAGUCAUUCGUCAAUGUCUCUGCAAGACUGUGGGUAGUGAGGCACAUGUGUAGCAAAUACUUGGAUUAUCAGCCUCACUGGAAAAUGGCAGUGUGCCAACCCUCCUAUUGCUCUCCCUAAAUCUACUGUCCACCCUGUCUUCCUGGCUGCAUGUAUGGGUGUUGCCAUGCAGGGUCCAGUUAACCAGGCAUCUUUGCCCUCUGGGUUUUUACUGAUAGACAACUCUAGGAGUUUGGAGUUGGAAUCCAGGAGGGACGGGGUAGAAGUUUUACUUCUGAGAUAGCUUUCUUUUUCACACAGUCCUUUUCUAUUUCUUGUCUGUGGUAAUUGCCUCCUCCUUGUGCAUUCAGGGUAAGGGAAAGAGCAGGAACCUGGUGAUACCUGUCAUGGUAGUACUGGUUAUUUUUACACACCCUACUUGAACUUUUGUAAAAAUGUGCAUUUAGAAGCUUCCUUAGAUAAGUCAAAUAUGAGAGCCACAUACUUCCUUUUGAACCUCACUUCUGAAAAAAAAAAAAAAAAAACAGUGGACUCAGGUCUGUAUGGGAAAUACCCUUCAUGCUGCAGGAGCGCCUUCCAAUAGCCGCUGAAAUACCAGCCCACUGUGCUGCGCGAGCGCCUUUUGCUCCUUCAGCCAAUAGCUGCUGAAAUACCAGCCCACUGGGGCAUGGUCUAUUUCUCUUUAAAAAAGAGCGGCAGCCCUCUGCUCGCUCGCUCUCUUGGUUCCGUUGCUCCUCCUUUCCUGGCUGUCGCAGCUGUUCUCACGGACUCUGGGUGGGCAUUGAUUCCAGUCGCGACUCGGAAACAGUACCAUCUGCUGGCUAACAGGUAAAAUGGCAGGUUUCUUUUUUAAUGGAACUCUAGCCGCGGCUUUUGCUGCCACUUUGGUAGAAAUCACAAGUGGCCUAUAUGCCUAUGGAGGUACCUCAACUUACUUGUUAUUAGGUUUUAGUUUCCUUCUUAAUGUUAUAUCAUUAUGGAAGUAUGUGGAAUUAAUUGAUAGGAUUAAUACCAUGAUAGGCAAAAUUGACUCCUUAUCUAAAGGUACUAGGAACUUACCUAAAAGGGUCCAAGCUGUUGAAUUUGACUUUCAGAAGUUAUCACAGAGUUUUGAUAAGGUAAAAGACAGAAUACAUUCAUUUUAAGAUAUACUGGAAAGUCACUGAUCCUUAAGUAGGGAAUAGUGUUUUAAAUUCCUGAAGAACUCACAUUGGCACUUAUUGCAAAUACAUCUCUGAGGACUCAUUAAGAAAGGAUAAUAAGAAUAACAUGCUUAUAUUAGUAUAAGGAAAGAAUUCUUUAAGUCUUAUAUAAGAAUUUUUAGAUGUAUAGCAUAAAUUACAGUAUAAAUGAAUAUAAUCAAUAGGAAUGAUGUCAAAAUAUAAUGCUGUAAUAUAUGAUGGAAAAAGAGAGUUUAGGGGUGGGGGGGCUCAAUUAUAUUUUCAUUGCUCUAAAAAAGUAUCUGAGGUAAUCAGCUUAAAUGAGAAAAUAUUUUGUCUCAGUGUUUUUAGCUUAAGGCUUGCUGGCUCUGUUGUUACUGGCCUAUGGUGAGAUAAUAUGGCUACCAUAACAGUUAUCAGGGAAGAAUGGUUACCCACUAGUGGCCAGAAAAUAGAAGGACCAGAGAGGUGUCUGGGGACACCAUGUACUGUAUCACAGCAUACUGUCAAAGCCAUACUCCCACAGACUAGACCUAUUUCCUCGAACUAACACCUACCUCCUAAUAGCCCAUUCAAGUAUGAAGUCAUAAAUAAAUUGGUGACUGUAAAUGGAUUAACCUACUAAGGAGCUGAGCCCUCAUGAUCCAGUUCCCUCUUUUACUAUUGCCAACUGGGAACCAAGGCUUCAACAUGUGAGUCUCCUGGAGGGACACUUCAUAUCCAAACCACAACAAAUGUGUUUACAAUUCUAUUUUUUAUAUUGACUGCAUAUGAAGGCUUGAGAACAAAAUAAAAAUAAUCCACUAAUAUUUUUUUCCACAGAGUACAUCUAAAAAAGAACAUACAGCCAAGACUUUCCUGUAAAAUAUUUUCCUUUAAUUGCAUUUUAUAUCUUGAUUAAAGAAACACAAAUACUGCUUUGGUCACUUUCACUUUUGGAAAAUCCCAUUUCCUAAACAGAUAAAAUGUUACAUGUGCAACAACUGUUUGGUAAUAAAAUCCACCUGCUCUUUACUUCAAAGGAAAUAGCUGCAAUUAUUUUCUUUCAACCAAAUGAAUUAAAAAAUAAAAGGUAAAAGAGAAUUUAAAAGGACUUCUUUAGAUCCCAUGGCUUAUGCAAGUCACUUUGAGUUACCAUCAAUUGCCCAAUUCUUGAGAAAAUUCCCAAUUAAGAAAACUAUUUUAGGUACCUUAAGUGUACAUGAGAUUUUACAGGUACUCUUAAGUUUAUGUUAUUUUGUUAAUCAUUUAAGAAUAUUCCUAUAUGUGCAUGGACAUUUGUAUACUACAGUUAUGACUUUGGAGGUGUAUUUGUCAAUGUCAAAGGUCUCGGUGUAUUUUUAGAAACAAAAGGAACAAACAUCUAUACUGCCCAGAGUCAAGUAUUAGACACCAAUAGGUUCAAAUCUCUCAGGCAGGAUAUUCUUUUCUUGUCAGUGCCUUGAAAACAGAACAGUGACCACCCUUUUUAUAGAACUAGGAAUUUAACACUUGUGUGUGUAGAAUUUGAUAUCUAAAUGGUGCAUGGAUGAUUUGUACUUUUGGAGACAGUUACAAAUAUCACGUUCAAUUUAAGUAUUAUUACUUUUGCUUGGUCUUACCUGCCCCCCUCCCAGGAAUUACUGGUGAUGUUAGUUAUGUUUAGUAAAGUUAAUUA